GACACCCAGCUGACUGCGGUGGGUGGGACGAGCUUAAGACGAGCGGAAAUCUCUGCCCGCACUCAGAACGACUCGUGAAGUCGCCAAACGAACUCUCCGCUUUGUGGUAUUGAUUGUUGCGCUUCCUGCUCGUUCCGAGCUUUUCCCAACCAGCUUUUGCGUUUCGCUGAGUGAGCUCCGCUUGAUCGCGUAACAGCAGCAGCAGCAGCACCGACACCAUGAGCCAGGUCAGAGUGGUAAAAGUGUUCUCUGAGACGAACUCGUCGACGUCAAAUGCCGGCAGUCAACCCAUGGCGGCGACGAGCGCUCCGAUCCCUGGCGAGCGUACGGAGCGCAAGGAAUACCACAGCUUCGCGGAAUUACCGCCGGAGACGAAGAAGUACAUCGACGAGUUGCUAGGGUCUGACGCUAGCACCAAGUUCGACAACAUUUCGGUCGUGAGCGAGCAAACCACCAGGUACGCGCAGCCAGAAGUUCGGGUGGUGAACAUCAGUCACAAGAAAGUCGUCGAAGAGAACCGUCAAAUACCGGUGAUGGACGAGCGAACGAUGACAACGUCUCAGCAGACGUCAACCCACCAAACCCAGAGCGCUCCUCCGCCAAGUCAAGUUAAGGAAGAGACAAAAACGUUCACCAAAGAUAUGCUCGACCAGCUGCCGGAGGAGUGUAAGAAGUAUGUCAACGACUUCAUGCAAACUCAAGGCAUGCAGAACAAAAACAUUGAGCAUGUGACGGUUCAUACCACGAGAGAGAACACGACUUCGAGUGCCUAUCAGAACGAUAUCCCCGAUCUCCAGGUGAAGAACUGCCUCCAAUCCCACGACAAAAUCGUUGUUGAGAUCGAUGCGGCAGGUUUCCUCGCAGAAGACAUCUCGAUGAAAGUUUCCGGGAGAAAUUUGAUCAUCGAGGGCCGGAAAGAGGGUCCAGACCCCCGGGAUCCGACCACGACGCUCCGCAAGGAGCUUAAAAGAGACAUUGUGAUGCCGCCAGGCGUGGACGCUGCGCACAUUACUUGCGUGCUGAACUCGAUGACGGGUCGACUCACGGUCACGAUUCCGGUCCCGGAACCCGAUGGAGGAGAAUACACCAUACCGAUCACAACUGUUUAAGACUGUCUCCAGAAUGAUUGGAGCCGAUUAUACGGUCUACCGUGUGGUGGUUCGUCAAAUGCAUUCAGACGGUCCAGAUAGCCGUUUUAUCAUCUCGGUGGCUCGAGAGCGUCUAGUUUUCGCGUGAAUACGGCGAGGUGGGAACCUCACGUGAGAUAUCGGAGCAUCGAGUUCGAGAUUUGACGAAUCUCAAGCUCAAUCAGAAGGCGCAUAACCACAUCUCUCAAUCGUGUCGCUGGCGUUGCCUAACAGUUGGAAAAAUGUUCCUGCUAUUCUAGUAAACUCAUCGAGAUGCAUACUCGCA